UGUACUUCCGGAGAACGUAAACCUUUCACGAACAGCGAGAUAGCAAGAAGAAGAAAAAGAAUGAAAGGGUUGCUAGUCUGUCUCUAUUGACUGAUAAUUAUACAAUAUUUAUAUUUGAUAGAAUUAAAUACAUUCGAACACUUAGGUGAAUCGCAAGAGGCGUCCGAAUCAACAGCAGGAGUACCACAGCUAAACAACAACAUUCGUAUCAUGGACGUAAUCAUAAAUCAUCACAUUCAAAUCCUGAUGGCUAUGAGUCUCCUAUCUCUUCCUUGGUCCGACCCCGAUGUCAAGCACAUCGGCCAGCCACCACAGUGAGUGGUAGAGGGGGGCGAAGGGGCAGCCAGCGGCCCUGUGCCAGUGACGGGGCUGUGGUGGGCACGGCCCGAGGCCUCUAACUGGAUCCCUCGAAGCAGCAGCCGCCGCCCGGCGGUGCCCGCAGUGCCAUGGACCAUCCAAAAGAGGGUGAACGGCCGGCGAGGAGCAGCAAGGUGGCACAGGGGCGCAGCGGGCACUCCAGACCCUCCAGCUCCUCAGCCUCCUCCGGGGUUCUCAUGGUGGGACCCAACUUCCGCGUGGGCAAGAAGAUCGGUUGCGGCAACUUCGGAGAACUGAAGCUCGGUAAAAAUCUCUACACCAACGAGUAUGUAGCUAUUAAACUGGAACCAGUCAAGUCGAGGGCACCACAGUUACAUUUGGAGUACCGGUUCUACAAAACAUUAGGAAGUACAGCGGAAGGCCUGCCCCAGGUGUUCUACUUUGGGCCCUGUGGGAAGUAUAAUGCCAUGGUUCUAGAGCUGCUGGGCCCCAGUUUAGAAGACCUCUUUGACCUUUGUGACAGGACCUUCUCACUAAAGACUGUAUUAAUGAUUGCCAUUCAGCUGAUCUCCCGGAUGGAGUAUGUGCACUCUAAAAACCUCAUCUACAGAGACGUAAAGCCUGAGAACUUUCUCAUCGGACGCGGAGGAUGCAAAAAAGACCACAUUAUCCACAUCAUUGACUUUGGCCUGGCCAAAGAGUACAUCGACCCUGAAACCAAAAAACACAUCCCGUACCGGGAGCACAAGAGCUUAACCGGGACGGCCCGAUACAUGUCCAUCAACACACAUUUGGGAAAAGAACAAAGUCGUCGAGACGACCUGGAAGCCUUGGGUCACAUGUUCAUGUACUUCCUCCGUGGGAGUCUACCGUGGCAAGGACUAAAGGCUGAUACACUGAAAGAACGAUACCAGAAGAUCGGAGACACGAAAAGAAACACUCCCGUUGAGGUUCUCUGUGAGAGCUUCCCAGAGGAGAUGGCCACCUAUUUGCGUUACGUAAGACGGUUGGAUUUCUUUGAAAAGCCUGACUACGAAUACCUGAGGACCCUGUUUACAGAGCUGUUUGAACGGAAAGGAUACACCUUCGAUUACACCUACGACUGGGUCGGCAGGCAGAUACCAACACCAGUGGGGACUGUCAACAUGGACUCUGGGGCAUCUGCCAUCACGAGAGAGAGCCACCCGCACAGAGACCGGCCCUCGCAGCACCAACCAUUAGGAAUCAG